CGGAGCAACUGCGUCGUGGUAGUCGCCCUACGGAGACCGUCGAUAACUGAGACCAAACGACGAUGAUCAGCCCUGUCGUGGUCUUCGUGGCCCUCGCGUCAUUCGCCGGCGCUGUGCCAUUCGUGGUGGAGCCGCGGCACUGCCCUGACCCGGGUCUGUUGGCCUGGCCGCACCCGACAGAUUGCGACCGCUACACCCGCUGCGAGAAUGGCACCGUCACUGAGGAGGUCUGCCCAAACGGGCUCCUGUUUGACCCCAAUGGAGGCAUUUACGACUUCUGCAACUACAACUGGCGCAUAGACUGCGGCGAACGCCUCAACAAGCCCGGUCCCAUUCCUUCUCCUGACUGUCCAUGGCAGUUUGGAAUCUUCCCCAGUGGCAGUUGCUUGCAGUACUUCAAAUGCGAGUUCGGGCUUGCCAACUUGACCAACUGUGAACCGGGACUGGCGUAUGACGACGUCACCCACUCUUGCAACUGGCCAGACCUAGUCGACGGAUGUGACUCUGAAGCGAUCGUGGGAUUCCGGUGCCCGGACAAAGUGACGGGCCCUGGUGCGAAGUUCUACCCGUAUCCACGCUAUCCUCAUCCGGCCGACUGCACGCGACUCAUCACCUGCGUCAACGACAAGCCGCGCCUCAUCAGCUGCGGAUACGGCCAGGCUUUUAGUCAAUACAGCUACACUUGCGAAGACGCCGCCAACGUACCCGACUGCCCUCAUGUCCGCUUUCAGAAGAAGUGAAAACCCUCCUGCAAAGGAACAACUGCAACCGGGAUACAACGGGUGCUUCGCUAAAAGAAUUACCGCAGAAGGAUGACAUCGUCUAUUUCUUUCUGUGCAAAAUGCUGCAGUGUUCGUGAUUUAAGCACAAACUGCUUUCCGGAUUAGAGUCUAUAGGCAGCGGUGUUAACAAUAGAUCGCACUAAAGUUCGUUUGUUUCACCUUUUUACCCCGUUUAAUUACAACGAGCUUAAUCUGAUGUUGUGAUUAGAACAAUUGGUAAGGAAGUAUUCUUUCCUAUUUAAAUAUUACCGCGCCUAGUUGCCAAUAAAAGAACUGUGUUGACCACA